GCGCGUGUUUUUUUACCGUACCGCUAACGCGUCAGAUUCUCCAAUUUAAUGCCAAAGAGCGACUUGAGCGGAGGCCGUUAUCUGUCUACGAAUGCCUCGGCUAUCUCGAUCUCGCUCGCGCGCGCGCUAUACAAAUCACCUUUGCAAAUCACACAUGCAGCAGCAGCAUAGCAGCCUGUAUAGACUUCGAGUUCGACAACGUCUACCUCUUCAGUCUUCGAUCAGUAGAUCUAUCUUAGUAUCUAGGACUACGAUCAUCACUGCACUUGAAGCUUCUCGUAGCCAUAAUGACGUCAACAUCGAGAAACUGUGAAUGUGGUGAAGGGGUAACAGUUCCUGCAGCCAUUCAGAGUAUUUUACCUGAGGGCUAUACUUACCAUGCGUGCCACGUAGAUAACUUCUCCCAGGGUGAUGAAGUGCAUUUUGCUGCAACCAUUCGCCUUGAUCUGCGUUCAAAACAAGAUUUUGGCAAGUGGCUGGACAGUUUCCAAGAGGCUUCAUCAACCACUUGGCGAGUGAAGCGAACAUUUCCUUCAGUUGGAAUGAAAAUCGUUUUUAAGAAAGCAUACAGGUGCCAUCACAACACAAGACCAGCAAAGGAGUCUACCAAUGCAGGUCGUCGUGUGGCCUCUAAGAACACCAACUGCCCAGCUGACAUGGUUGUCUCCAUUAAGAAAUCAGUGUACGAAGGGCGCACCGUCAGCAGGAGCAAAGAUCACCACCUCCCAUUGUACCCAGCUGAGAUCAGAUUAUCAUACAUACAUAAUCACCCAAUUAUGUGUGCAGACGCCCUGAAGUUCCGGGAUGUCUCGGAGGAGGCAAAAGAAGAACUGAUCUCCCUCUUCAAAAGGAAAUAUGGCCCUACUCAGGCCAUAGACAUGAUUAAAUACGAGCUUCAGUUGAAACAUGGGGCCAACUACCUGUUGAAGGCAGCUGAUAGGGCUGUUUGUCCUGAUGUGCAGUUCGCCCACCGAUUGUACCGCAAGGUAUUUAAAGAAGAGUUUGGGGAGUCAACUGGUGAGGGGAUGCUGCAUAGCCUUAGAACGUACAUCUCUCAUUACAACACGCAAGUGGGCUCAGAGUGCAUGGCGCUUGAUAUAACAAGCGACAACAAAGUUGUGAUGGCUAUAUGCACUCCGCUAAUGAAGAGGGUCCAUGAAGAAGUGAAACAUGCCUCAGAGCUGGUAUUCAUCGAUGCCUCAUCGAACAUGGACAGGUACGGCUGUAGUGUCUUUUUGCUGCUGACGCAUAGUUGUGCAGGUGGCCUUCCUCUGGGGGUGCUCAUCACCUCUAGUGAAGCAGAGGGGGUGAUUGAGGCAGCCCUCAAGCUGUACCGCUCUCUCCUUCCCCAGAAGUGUUUUGGAGGAAGAGGAGUCCAAGGGCCAGCUCUCAUCAUGACCGAUGACUCUGCAGCAGAACAGAAUGCCAUCAGUCACGUUUUCCCUGCCAGUCAGACACUCCUUUGCGUGUUCCAUGUUCUCCAAGCCACGUGGAGAUGGUUGUGGAAUGGCAAAAACCAAAUCCCCAAGGAGCAGCGACCCAAUCACCUCCAACAUCUAAAGCGCCUCAUCUACGCCUGUACUGAGGAGGAGCUUGAGGAACUGUACCAGGAGAGUCUUCAAGACACAACCCUGUCCGACAAAUUCAAAGAGCAUCUUACUGGCUACUAUGGGAGGAAGGAGAAGUGGGCAAUUGCUUGUCGACUUGACCUCCAGGUGCGUGGUAAUAACACCAACAAUUUUUGCGAGGCAGCCAUGCGUGUCCUAAAGGAUAAGAUCCUGGAAAGGACAAAGGCGUUCAGUAUUCCCCAGCUGGCAGACUAUAUGUCCACCUUUCUGGAUGAAUACUACCAACAACGGCUGAUUGAUGUAGCCAAUGGACGCCUGCAGAAUGUGAUUGCCUCUAGGUAUAUGCCCCAGGAGAAAUCAAUCAAGCUCCAUGACAUCAGACAGCUCUCAGACUCCCAGUUCAUCGUAACAAGUCAGACUUCACAAGACAGGGGGUACGAUGUCGAUAUGGAACUUGGACACUGUUCUUGUCAUGCUGGGAAGACUGGAGCCCCCUGCAAACACCAGGCAGCAGUGGUGAAACAUUUCAAUGUUUCUUCGACAAACUUUGUCCCAGUCAAUGACCCGCAGUCAAGACUACUGCUGUAUAAGAUCGCAACAGGAAAUUGUAGUGUUCCAUCAGGGUUCUUUGAUGGAUUAAUGACCCAGCCCUCAGUAUCAGGAGAUAUUUCCAUCAUGGAUGCUAGCUUCCCAGCAGAACCAGUAAUAGAUGAGAUGGAAUCUAUUCCUACAAGCCAAAUUGAUCCCAAUCCUGCUGUUGCAAGUCUGCGUGCACAAGCAGCUGCUCAGAACCACUUUGAUCUUCGAGGCUCGACAAGAUCAGCACAAACAUCUUCCAGCACCAAUGAUGAUGACCAGCUCCUAGAACAAUUCCAGAAUAUGCAUGAUGACCUGUGCACCAAGAUGAAACAGUCACCAGACCUCUAUAGACCCGCCAUAAGGGCCAUGCUGGCCAGCUACAGAGGUAUCAAGACUGAUACGCAUCUGGUAUCAGCACUGCAUACCUUUGGGAAGUAUUCUGGGGCUGCCAUGACAGUUAGGAAACGAGGUCUGGCAGCAAAAAAUGCUGCAGUAAGACAUUUGAACCUGAAAGGUUCCAAAAAGAUCGGUGUCCAACCCACAUCAACUGCUCGAAGGUGUCACAUGGGACGUGGAGCAAGUCGACUACAUGCAGGACGGCCACCCAAGUCGUUGCGCAUCCAGGAGCAUGGCUAUUCCCGACUGUCUUCAUCCCAGUCAUCAGCUGUCGUGCCGCUAAUGAGGAGGAGAAGAGCACCUGCUCCUCACAGUUUGAGCCAUGUUGUGUCGCUUAACCAAGCACUGGGGAAGACGCACAGUGCUAAAUAGGUGGUUAACUCUACUAAUGUUAGUGACAGGGUAUAAAAGGGUAAUGUUUCAAAUACCAGCUUUGCAUUUUCCAGUUUUGCAUCUUAUUGAAAAGAGAUUGACUUAUCAAUUUGACAUCAUUCUUAUGAAAAUUGAGUGCCAGCCAAAAACAUUUUUUUGUAUUGGGUGUUCCGAAAUUCAGCUUUGCAUCUUCAAAGCUCAUAGUUUUAAUAUACUGAAGAAACCAAAUAUGAUUUUAAUGCAUGUUUUCAGUAUUGGAAAGGCUAAUAAACUUACCUAGACUGUCAUCAUCACUCAGUCUACCUGGUCCAUCCAUCUGAACAAUAUAUAUGCAACAGACAUCAAAGAUGAGGAAUUUUUUAUAUAUGGCCUCUGAAAUGUUUAGUUUGUUUACCAAUGUCUUUAUAGAUUUGUUCAGAAACCCUAACCCAAUUCAAUAAAUAUUUUAAAUGAUAUAAAAUCAAAUAAAAGAUAUUUAGAGCAUACCAUUACUGCUCGAUGACUAUCUAUUACUAUAAUUUUAGGGGAAAAUAGUUUUUGAAAUGUUUUCAAAUUUACCAAAAACUAUCUUGUUGCUUUUAAUACCUGAAACUUUAUCACAUAUUUGUCAUAUAUGUUUUGUACAUACUGUUGUGUUGGGGUUGGAUCGAUUGCACUUUAACUUUCAACCAGACUUAAAAUGAAGGAGUCAAUACAAAGCCUGUACAGUUCAUAUAUACAUUUAUUGAAGAUGAUAACUAAGGUGAUGAUGAUGACAAAUAAUACAGGAACAUGAGUAAGUCUGAUGGUGACUAUACUCUGCAGUAUAAAAUAUAAACUCUUCUGUAGCUGUCUGUAUGCUGGAACAAUCUGUAAAGUAAUCUGUAACAAGCUAACAAUCAAUCUGCAUUCUCUGAAGUAAUCUGAUUUGGGUUCAGAAGUAAACCCCUUUUAUAUUGGUCUGGUCUAGACUCUUUAGAUCAAACAGGUGUUGGUCAACCUUGGACGCUUGACCAAAACAAUCUGUACGUCAUAACUUUACUCUGAAUUGGGGGAGUUGACCUUAUAGGGAGAACAUGAAAUG